AUGAUCGAAACCGCUCCAUUUGGGAUGCCAUUUGUCGGCCACGUAUGGGCCUUUCUAUGGAAUCCUGAUAGCUUCCUGCGGUACAGCCGCGAGAGAGCUAUGCACGGCAUCUUCAAUCUCAAGAUGUUCGGCGUUGACACCCGCAUAAUUCACAAUCCAUCACUAAUGAAAUCCUUCUUUGCGCUGCCGGGCUCCGUCAUUGAGCACAAGACCAUGGGAUCGAACAUCAUAACCAAAAUCUUCAGCUUUCCAUCAGCCGAAGUACCUCAGAUGAUAAACCAUUUCGAUGAGCUGAUGAAUACCUUUGUCACUCAGCUGAUGAAAGGCCCAGGCUUCGAACGGUCGUGGAAAAGACUCUUGACCGACAUUGAAGAAACAGUACCGUCAAUUGUCAGGCCCCCUUCCGGUCCCGAGGAUCUUCGGGGUUGGGAGCGAUCCGCCAAUGUCGAGGUUCAACCCGACGGGACUAUCGAAGCCGAUCUUUUCCCUCUCGUCCGGAACUGUGUGGGCUUGUUAAGCUCAACAGAGAUGAUGGGGCAUGCUUUUGUCGAUUCUCAUCCUGAUUUCCUGGAGGAUGUUUGGCAGGUAGAUGCAAAUAUAAUGGGGUUUGUUUUUGGAUACCCAGGCUGGCUGCCAUCGAUUGCGAAAGCGCGAAAAUCCCGGGCCCGCAUCGUGGAGAAGCUAAUGGCGUGGCAUGCGGACAUGGAAGCCGUUGGGCCGGUGGCCAACUCGGAUGCCGAGUCGGGGCCAUUUUCGGACGUUAGCGACUUGAUGAAACAACGACAAAAAAUCUGGUCUGCCCGAGGAUUCUCGAUGCAAGCUCGUGCUGCCGUGGAUCUGUCGAUAUUGUGGGCACUCAAUGCAAACUCCAACUCCACAGUUUACUGGAUGUUGCGAAACAUCUAUGCUACCCCUGGCUUGUUAGAGAACAUCCGUCAGGAGAUUGCCCCCGCCUGUUUAAUCAAUGACAACGAGUUGCAGAUCGACUGGAAGAGACUUCACAACAGUAGUCCUCUUUUCAAGUCUUGUUAUUUCGAGUCUCUCCGCCUUGACUCGGCCCCUUGGUCAUUCAAGCGCCUCCAAAAAGACUGUACUGUGCAGGAAAUGGGGGAGGAUGCGCGGUCACCCGAAGCAAAAGGCAAGCCAACAGUAUUUCCCAUGAAAAAGGGAGAUGCCGUGCUUGUCCCUGCUGAUCUGCAUCAUACCGAUUCGCGAUACUUUCGCAACCCAUCUGAGUUCAUACCAGAGCGUUUCUUCGUGGAAAAAGGCGACGGUCUUGUUCAUUCGGACAUCAAGACUAUCAGGCCGUAUGGUGGAGGAGCAACAAUGUGCAAAGGGCGAUUUUUAGCAGAGCGCGAAGUUUUGGCGUUUGUGGCUGCCAUGCUCAUUUGUUGGGAUUUAGAACCUGUCAAGGGAAGCUCAUGGGAUAUGGAUGGGAGAACAAAGACAAGUGGUGUCUGCAGCCCGAAGGAUAAGUUGAGAGUUAGUCUUAAAAGAAGAGUCACCUAG